CUGCCAUCGCUAGUGUGUUUUCAGCGCCUUUUUGUGGCCAGACGAAAAACAAGCGAGGAUUUGCUGGUGGAAAGUAAGCCGCAGGACACAGGAAGACAGGAAAACAGCAGAAUGCCCGCCGGCAUUGUGAAGACCCCGAUCAGUGGCCGGACAAAGGAGGCGGCCGUGGCCAAGUCCGCGGAGAGAACGGCCAGCGGUGGCAAGAAGUUCGUGCAGACGCGUCUGCCGUUCAAGUUGCUGACGCCAGGGGGCGGCGCAGGUGCUGAGACUGCAGUCGGAGGAGCCGCCUCCGGCGCCUCGUCCUCCGCCGGCGACCCAGUCUUUGUGAUCCUGGACGAGAAGGAUCCCGCUCCCCGCAAGCGCAAACUGUCGUACGGCGACGAGACGCCACUGGAAGGCACCGGAUGCUCUGCCGGACAGCUGCGCCGCUCGAACAGCAAGGAGAACCUGGAUCUGUCCAGCUCCAUAGCCACCAAGAAGGUGAAGACGGCGGAUUCGGUGGCGGAGGAUGUCAUCGAACUAGAUGAUGAUGAUGAUCGCGAUGAUGGGAUUGUGGAAAAGAAGGAAGAGGUGGCCAGGGAGACCAAGGAGGUCAAGCCGAAGCCCAAGAAAGCCUCGCCGGCACCCAUACAAAUUAAGCUGCCGUUGGUAAACAAGCGAUCCAAGCGCAGGAAGUCCCUGAAGAAAUCCGAGGAAGCGUUGGACACUUCGCCCAAGGAGACGGCAAAGACGGGCAGUGAGUCCAGCGAUGAUAUUGAAGCCUUGGCCGAGGAGCUUAAUCCCCAAAAGAAACAGAAAGUACAGAAACCACUGAAAAAAGCACCAGAAAUAAAGCAUGAUGGUGAGGAGGAGGGAGCUAGGCAAAAAGAGGAGGAGGCUUCAAAGAAGCAGGAAGAGCCUCGAAAGACGGCCAAGGAAUCCAAAAAAGAAGAGCCCAAGGGCGUAGAGCAUAACAAGAAGAACGAUCAAUCCACUAUUGAUCUCUUUAUAGCCAAAAAAGUUGAUAGCAGCAAGAAAGAGGAGCCGGAAGCCAAGAAGAAAGAUCAAUCGGUAGCAGAGGAUCCCAAGCAGAAUAAAGCCCCUAAGAAGGAUUCAAUCAAAACGUUGGGAAAGCCCAAGGCGGAAUCAAAACCUGUAGAAAAAAGCAAGAAAGACGAAAAGGAGGCCGGCACAACUAAGUCGCAGAAAGAGAAAGAAGAUGCAGCUGCAAAGAAUCAAAAAGAAGAAACAAAGGAGAAGAAUGCUGAGCCAGAGAAGGCGACGUCCAAGAAAGCUGAAAGCGCAGAUAAAGAGAGGAUCAGCAAACAAGCCAAGAAAGAAGAGCCUGCUGCCCAAGAGAAAUCGGACAAAGGAUCCCCCGAGGCCGCUGAAAUCUCGUUGAUCCUCUCCAGCAGCGACGAAAACAGUUCCAGCAGCGAGCACGAGAUGGACGUGGACACGGACACCGCGGCCGGUGACAGGACCUCCGCGCAAAAGGACGCUCUCCUGCAGAGGAAGAGUCUGCCGGAGGCCAGCGAUACCCAGAAAACCCUUACGCCCAAGCAGCAAAGGCUCCUGGAGCGAAGGAAGAAGGCUCGCGAGGAGAAAGAACAGAAACUAGCUGAGGAGCGUCGCCUCAAGCAGCAGGAAAAGGAGCAGCGCGAGCAGCAAAAGAAGCAGGAGCGCGACGAGAAGGAGCAACAGAGGAAGCUGGAGAAGGACCAGAAGGAGCAGCAAAGGAAGAUGGAGAAGGAGGAGAAGGAGCGCAAGCGGCAGGCGGAGAUGGACUCCAAGAACGAGGAGAAGCGCAAGCGCAACGAGGCCAAGGAGGAGGUGCAGCGCAAGAAAGACGAGGAGCGCCGCAAGAAGGAGCAAGAGCGCGAGGAGGCGGAGCAAAAGAAGAAGCGCGCCGCCGAGUCUUUUUCCAAGUUCUUUGUGCCCAAACAGCCCAAGGCCGGUGGCGGCUCCAACAACACAUCCUAUCUGGAGCACGAACAGAGCAGCUGCGACAGCUCCAAGGCCAGCAGCCAAACGCUGGCCUUCCGACCCUUCCAGAUUAAGGACGACAUGCUGCUGGCGCCCAUUGUCCGUGCCUCGCUAGGCGGGGAACAGCGCUCCCAGCUUGAUGGUCUCUUCAGGUUCCUGGAGGAGGAAGAUGAUGAAGAGGAGGAUAUCGUCAGGAGGAAGCCACCAAGUCGGGCCCAUCUCUAUCUUAGCGAACUGAGCAGCGGACGGAGAGAGCCGCUCAAGAUGCAGCGCGAUGCCCGACUCCAGAGGCGCACCAAAGAUGAUGAGGAGGAAGACGAGGUCCAGGUGAUAGAUGAUUUGUCCAAUGCUGGGUUGCCCAUCGAGGUGGAGCAGCCCAAACAACUGGCCAGGAUGCGGGCCAAGUAUCUGCAUUUCGCGGACAACCGGAGGCCGCCGUACUAUGGCACGUGGCGCAAGAAGAGCGGCAGCAUCUCCGCUCGUCGCCCACUGGCCCAGGACAAGGUGCACUUCGACUACGAACUGGACUCCGACUGCGAGUGGGAGGAGGAGGAGCCGGGCGAGUCGCUAAGUGCCAGCGAGGACGAGAAGGAGCGCGAGUCGGAGGAAGAGUCCGAAGAGGAGUACAACGAGUGGUACGUGCCACACGGCCAUCUUAGCGACGAGGAGCUGCAGAACGACGGCGAGAUUGACGAUGGACACACGAGGGAGGCGCAGAAGGCCAAGCUGCAGGUGCUGCAACAGGAGUUCGCCCAGGAGAUGAAGAAGCAGACGAAGAAGAUCAAGCCGCGCCUGCUGGGGCCCGUUUGGCUGGACGAGAAUGGCAACCCUUCGCAGCUGUUCCCGGCAAUGUUUGCCCACACCAUCGACAUGUACGCCUGCUGGCAGAUGGAGCCGCUCAGCCUGGAGCCUCCAGAGGAGCCAGAGCGCGAGGAUCAGCUGCCCGAGCAGCCGGUCCCGCUGCAGCUGGACGAUCGCCUGAUGCAGCAACUGGUGCGCCUGACCCACGGCAAUCGCAACUCGAAGAUGUUUCUGAUCAACGAGUAUUUAGAGUACCUGAAAACCCAGGCGGCCGCCGAGUCCAGUCAAACGGUGCUGCCCUCGAAGGCUGUGCUGCGCGAGCGCUUCGACGAACUGGCCAGCUGGAAGACCGUCGAGCUGGGCACACCCGAGGCUGCCUCCGGCAGCAGCGCCAAGAAGACCAAGAAGCCGAAGAAGCGUCUCUGCUGGGUGGUGGCCAACGAUAUGCUGGAGAAGUUCCAGCUACCGGAGCUCCCGCUGCAGAACCAGUGGGACUACACGCUGACGCCGAAGAUCAGCGAAGGAGCGGAUGCCCCGCAGCACGAGCAGAGUCCGCCGGCGGAGGUGGAGGCCAGCGCCUCUCCCGUUGUGGCAGCGGUGGCGAACUCGGCUCCCACAACGCCCAUCGGUGAACAGACGCCGUCAGCGGCUCAGGGCGCCAAAAAGCGGGCCACCCUGAUCAUGUCCGUGCCCCGCGACCAUCCGAUCCACCCGGCCACCAAGAACAAGCUGAUCAGUCAGUUCCUGCGGCGGCGGAGCGAUGCCAGUAAUCCCAAGGAGAAGAAGCCGGAGAAGCCACCGCCCGCCGUCAGCGAUGAUGUGGUGAUGCUCUCGGACUAGGCAUAGGUUCACCUCUUAGGAAGCCGCGGACCCGCAACUACCGUCUCUGGUUUUGCGGUCUUCCUCUAGGCGUGUAUUCAAAUUAUCCAAACAUUUUUUUUCGCUAGAUUCGCUCGUAAGUUGAUUUAAUUUCUUAAUGUUCCGAUGUACGUUCGACUUGUAUGUCCUCCCUCACCACUCCAUCAUCCUCAUCGGGAGCAUCCUUCCUGCCCACCACCCGUCACCCACCCACUCAUCUGUAGAUCUGUUAAGGGGUUCAGCGAAACAAGUAGUAACCAAUUGCAAUUAUCUCUACGUUUCGAUUGCGUCAAUGAACCAUCUAUACAUAUAUAGAAUAUAUGCAAUAAUACAUUA